AUGUCACCUGUUAACGCAAGCUCAGCAUAUACAGUUUCAGAUACGGAAGAACGUUUUACAGGUGACUUUCUCAGGUCAGUAUAUAGUCCAAGGGAAUUUCCCACAGCCCUUACACUGCUUUGGGUAUUUGCUUUACUACUGCUUCCAGUUGUUGUGCAUUGUUUUUUGGCCAAUAAUGAAGAUCGCUCUAACGUCAAUUUAGACACUCGUUUCAACUUCAUUCCACACGAACUCACAACGGUUCUUUAUAAACCUAUUCGUUCCCCCUACCAUCGGCUGAAAUAUAUUAACAAAUGUAUACAAACCAGCAGAUGCGAGCUGUUGUUAACCCG